UAUUUAUCACAGUUAAAGAACACCAUGGGCACUUCAAACUGGCAUAAGUUUCUUCUUUUGCUGUGGAAGAACUGGAUUAUACAGAAACGGCAUUAUGUACAAACAGCGUUUGAAAUUAUUAUACCAGCGAUUUGCUGUGCGGUGCUGAUGCUGGUACGUGGACUUGUUGAUCCAGAGGUAUUCAGUGAGCCAACUGUUUGGAAUUCCUUGCCGACGGAUACUAUUGAACACAUGCUACCCGAUGCUAACCCCGAAAUCAAUCCACCUAUAAAUUAUAUGUUCGCUUAUUCUCCUCAAUCAGUGAUAGUGGACAGACUUGUUGCAAAUGCUGCCCAACAAAUACGCGAACCUCUGAGUGUACAGCCGUUCACAAAUGCACUUCAAUUGGAAAAUUUCCUGCGUAGUAACAAUACGUUAGUCGGAAUUGAAUUUCCGGACAGUUAUAGUACGUUGCCUACACUUCCUGAGAAGGUUAUCUACGCGUUACGUUUUCCAUCAGAAAUGCGCACCUUCCAAGACAACUUCACCGCUUUCUGGGCUAACUGGUUCACCGAAUUAAUGUUUCCACAAUUUCAAAUGGCCGGGGCCAGAAACAACGACAGAGCAGAUGCUGGAUAUCCAGCAAAUUAUUUCAAUGAAUCCUUUAUUGCUGUUCAGUGCGCAAUUGACCGAGCCAUCAUACUAGAGCAUGAUUCAACUGUUAAAAUGUUGCCAGUAUUUCUUGAAAGAUUUCCAUAUCCACCGUAUUACAGCGAUCCAUUGCUAACCGGUUUGGAGAAUCUUCUUCCUCUAAUUAUCGUUAUCGCCUUUUUUUACUCUGCCAUCAACAUCGUGAAAUACAUAACCGUUGAAAAGGAACGACAACUCAAGGAAACAAUGAAGAUGAUGGGAUUAUCUAGCUGGUUGCAUUGGUCAGCAUGGUUUGUAAAGUGUGUUUUGUUGCUGGCGGUGUCAAUUUCGCUAGUCACCAUUCUACUAUGCCUUGACUUGACAACUAACAGCGACCUAGCUAUUUUGGAAUACGCGCACUGGAGUGUCAUUUGGAUGUACUUGCUAGUGUUCAGUGUCACGACGAUCUGUUAUUGUUUUAUGAUGAGUACGAUGUUUUCAAAAGCAAACCUCGCUGCGGGAAUUUCUGGAUUGAUUUGGUUUAUCAUGAUUGUGCCGUAUAACAUUGCGUUCCCAAACUAUAGUUCACUGUCGCUUGCUGUAAAGUUGGCGCUAUGUAUAUUUUCCAAUUCAGCAAUGUCGUUCGGUUUCAUGUUAAUGAUGAGGCAUGAAGGCACUUCAAACGGACUUCAAUGGUCAAACUUGUUUGGAACAGUGACCGUAGAUGACAAUUUUUCAGUGGGUCAUACACUUAUAAUGCUUUUGGUGGAUGCACUAAUCUAUUUGCUAGUAGCGUUGUAUGUAGAAAAAGUAUUUCCUGGUGAGUUUGGAGUUGGACAGCGUUGGUAUUUCCUAUUUACUAAAAAGUUUUGGCUUGGAAAAGCGCAGCUUUCAACAGUUAUAGGUAUGGGUGGGACAGACAAUGAUAAUGUAGAAUUAGAGCCCUCGGGUAAAGUUGCAGGAAUUCAAAUUCGUAAUCUACAGAAAGUGUUUAACAAAACCAAGGUGGCUGUGAACGAGCUGAAUUUGAACAUGUUUGAAGACCAAAUAACUAUUUUGUUGGGUCACAACGGAGCAGGAAAAACAACCACAAUGUCCAUGUUGACAGGUUUGAUCUCACCUACUUCGGGUACAGCUAUUAUCAAUGGUUAUGAUAUCAUCACUGAGAUCGAUUCCGUUCGGAACUCACUAGGAAUAUGUCCUCAGCACAACGUUUUAUUUGAUGAAUUAACAGUUUCAGAACACAUCGAAUUUUUUGCGCGAUUAAAAGGUGUAUCUGCAAAGGGUAUUAAACAUGAAGUUAAGCAUUUUGUGAAAGCAUUGGAACUCACAGACAAAAUUAAUAUUCAGUCUCACACCUUGUCAGGGGGAAUGAAAAGAAAACUAUCUGUCGGAAUAGCUCUUUGCGGUGGAUCUAAAGUAGUAAUUUGUGACGAGCCUACUUCAGGAAUGGAUCCAUCAGCUCGAAGGGCAUUGUGGGAUUUGUUAAUCGAAGAGAAGAAAGGACGAACGAUACUGCUUUCUACACAUUUCAUGGAUGAAGCGGACAUAUUAGGCGACAGAAUCGCAAUCAUGGCGGACGGUGAUCUUAAAGCAGCAGGCUCAUCGUUUAUUCUGAAAAAAAGAUUUGGUGUUGGAUACAGGUUAAUUUGUGUUAAGGGAGAGAACUGUAAUCCGAAGAAUUUGGAAUCGUUGCUAAGGAAAUACAUUCCAGAUAUUGAAGUAGACACUGAUAUUGGCACGGAGUUGUCUUUUAUUUUGAAUGAAGCUUAUACGGAACAAUUCCAACCGAUGCUUCAAGAUUUGGAAGAAAAUACCGAUAUAUUGGGUAUAAAGAAUUAUGGCAUAUCGCUAACAACAAUGGAGGAAGUUUUUCAUAGAGUUGGUAGUGAUUCUCAUGCCUUGGACGAAAAACCAUUAAGUGAAAAUGAUGAAUCGGCACAGCAGAUGGAGAUUAACAACAACUCAUCGGCAACUAGACUUGACGUCGAUCAUGAUUCUCUCUUAAGUGGAUCAAAAUUAGCCUUAAAUCAAAUCCGGUCCAUGUUCAUGAAAAAAAUUAUCACAACUAAGCGAAGUUGGAUACAGCAAAUGGUCCAGUUUCUUAUUCCUGUAUAUUUUGUGGUUGUAACUGUUAUAAUAGUACGUUCGUUUCCAGGAAUAACUGAGCUUCCUGCACUUCCAAUUUCUAUACAUAACUAUUCUACUACUACGACUCUACUAUAUGUGUCUCCUCCAGAAAACUCAUUAGUUACAGGUUAUCGAAAGUUAUUCGAGGAUUUUCCCUUAUCUCAUCAACUGCAAAUAAUAGAUCACGACAUGAUCGAGCAAAUCUUGUCAUUGUCUGUUGAUAACAUUGGACGUAUCAAUCGAGAGUUUAUGGUAGCUACAUCUGCGACAAACACGAACUACACCGUCUGGUUCAAUCCUCAAGGAUUCCAUACAGCUCCUCUUGGAAUAAGUUUUCUGCACAAUGCCUUAUUGAAAUCCAGUUGCAGCAAUUGCGAAAUAACUACCAUUAACAAACCGCUUCCUUACAGACCAAACACCAGGUUCACGCAAUUUCAAGCUGGCAAUAAUCUGGGAUUUCAACUAUCCUUCAAUACGGGGUUUGCAAUGUCAUUCAUUGCAGCCAUGUAUAUAAUGUUCUACAUCAAGGAGCGAACAUCUCGCGCGAAGCUAUUACAAUUCGUCAGCGGAGUUAACGUUGCCACUUUCUGGGGUGUAUCUUUCAUAUGGGAUUACUUCACCUUCAUGAUUACGGCAUUGAUCUACUUGGGAAUACUAGCUGUUUUCCAAGAAGAGGGUUGGUCAACCAUCGAAGAGCUUGGACGCGUUUUCUUGAUACUUUGUGUAUUUGGAUUAGCUUUCCUACCAACAAUAUAUAUCUUCUCGUUCUGGUUUGAAAUACCAUCGACAGGAUUUGUUAAGAUGAUGAUGCUCAACAUAUUCUCUGGAACAAUAUUUUUCACUGCCGUAUUCUUGCUACAAUUUGAAGCAUUUAAUUUAAUGAACGUGGCACGUGCUUUGGAAUGGGCAUUCAUGAUAUUCCCUCUAUUUUCAUUGAGCGAAAGCCUUAGCAACAUCAAUGUAUUGGCUACUACACGGUCGGUGUGCAAUCAACAAUGUCAAGCUAUUCCGUUCUGCACCGAACAGCUUAUGUGUGAUCAGUUUGCUAACUGUUGCGACACCGAAAUAUUCACCUGGGAUCCCAAGGGUGUAAAUCGGCAGCUUAUGUACAUGGCAAGCGUUGGCAUUAUUGGAUUUGCUACUCUAAUUUUAAUUGAAUUCAGGGUGUUCGGAAGAAUUUUCGACAGAAAAUAUAUGUUUAGUAAACGUCGUUCAAUUUCCGAACAGUACAUUUUAGAUGACGACGUUCGCAAAGAAAAGGAACGAGUUUCUGCAUUGUCUCCUGAGCAAAUUACUGGGCAUAAUCUAGUUGUACGCGAUCUGACCAAGUAUUACAAAGGACUGCUAGCUGUUAACCAGAUUAGUGUAUCCGUUGAGCAUGCGGAAUGCUUUGGGCUUCUGGGUGUUAACGGAGCCGGUAAAACCUCUACAUUUAAAAUGUUGACAGGAGAUGAAAGAAUAUCAUCUGGCGAUGCAUGGGUUAAAGGAAAUGAUCUGAAAAACAGUAUGAAUCGAGUACAUAAAUAUAUUGGCUAUUGCCCACAGUUCGAUGCGGUUUUGGACGAUUUGACUGGCCGAGAAACCUUGAGAAUGUUCGCGCUGAUAAGAGGAAUCCCUGAUCAAGAUAUAACCUUUUCCUCUGAGAAACUUGCUCGAGAUUUGAACUUUCUGCAAUACAUCGAUAAAAAGAUCAAGGAAUACAGUGGUGGUAAUAAGCGAAAGCUGAGUACAGCUUUGGCAUUGUUAGGAAAUCCUGACGUAGUAUACCUGGAUGAACCGACCACAGGAAUGGAUCCGGGAGCCAAGCGACAUUUGUGGAACGUAAUUCUCAAUGUGAAGAAAACAGGCAAGUCCAUCAUUCUUACUUCGCACAGCAUGGAGGAAUGUGAAGCACUCUGCACCAGAUUGGCAAUUAUGGUUAAUGGUGAGUUCAAGUGUAUUGGAUCCACACAACACUUGAAGAGUAAAUUCUCUAAAGGAUAUUUUCUGACGGUGAAGAUAAAAAGUUUCGAAAAUGAUGAAUCAACACUUUCGAGGCAAAGUGCAGUGAAGGAUUAUGUAAGACAGCAUUUUGAGGAUGUAACAUUACGAGAAGAUCAUCAGGACACUCUAACGUAUCACAUCGCUCAAUCUAAUUUGAAAUGGUCGUCGAUGUUUGGAUUGAUGGAAGAUGCCAAGCGAAUACUGGAAAUAGAAGACUAUUCGUUAGGUCAAACAUCACUGGAACAGGUGUUUUUGCUGUUCACGAAGUACCAACGAGUGUGUGAAGGGAAAUAAAUUAGGCCGGCAGUUUUUUCGCGUUCAAAAAGACCUAAAAAUGCAAUACUCAUGUUUGGGAUUAGCAAAUAAAGGAAAAAUGUCCACAAAAGGCUUAGUCAUUCACAUAGGAAAGGAAACAAUCUCCAUAAAUGAAUUAGUCAUUCGCACAAAAUACCAAUUCUAACGUGGGGAGUGUAAUUCUGUGAUUAUGCAAUUACAUAUCGGCCAGCAACUGAUAAAAUUUUGCAGAAGCAAUUUUUUAUAAUUUAUUACUUAUGGAACAUACAUAAAUUAUGUAUCAUUUUUAAAUGAUAGUAACACUC